GGGCAGCUGCUUUCCGCUGCCUCCGGCCCGGGCAGCUGCAGAAACAGCAGGGGGAGGAGCAACAGCUGCCAAAUUCGCCAACUAGAGGAGGGAGAGGCGGAGCUUGGGUCCCUGUAGAAGCCAGAGGCGCAGUCUGGACUUUAGUUUCCCGGGAGAGACGAAAGCAGGAACGAGAGCGGAGCGGAGCACAGUCCUCCGAGCACCAGCUCCAGCAUCCCGUCAGGGGUUGCAGGUGUGUGGGAGGUAAGCGUGGGUCCUUCUUCGGGGCGUCUGCACUGCCCUGGAGAAAACGUCUUCCAAUAGGAAUUACAUCAAGACACAGCUAAAAGAGUCCGCCGUGGGUUAGGAAACCGGUGCAAAACCUCUCGGGUGAAAGAUUUACAUUUUUCGACUUUAAGGGCAAAAAAGCAAAAGGAAGCUUGACUCUGGGUAUAAAGGGCGUGGUUAGUGUUUUUGGUUUGAGUUGCACCAGUAAAACUGUUCUGGGAGAUCUGAAGAUUGAGAAAAAUCCUGCUAAUUGAGGACGAGGUGGAUGUUAUCUGGUGGAUGUUAUAGGCUUGAAACUAUUACAAUAUGGCUUUCCUUGGACUCUUCUCUUUGCUGGUUCUGCAAAGUAUGGCUACAGGGGCCACUUUCCCUGAGGAAGCCAUUGCUGACUUGUCAGUGAAUAUGUAUAAUCGUCUUAGAGCCACUGGUGAAGAUGAAAAUAUUCUCUUCUCUCCAUUGAGUAUUGCUCUUGCAAUGGGAAUGAUGGAACUUGGGGCCCAAGGGUCUACCCAGAAAGAAAUCCGCCACUCAAUGGGAUAUGACAGCCUGAAAAAUGGUGAAGAAUUUUCUGUCUUGAAGGAGUUUUCUAACAUGGUAACUGCUAAAGAGAACCAGUAUGUGAUGAAAAUUGCCAAUUCCUUGUUUGUGCAAAAUGGAUUUCAUGUCAAUGAGGAGUUUUUGCAAAUGAUGAAAAAAUAUUUUAAUGCGGAAGUAAAUCAUGUGGACUUCAGUCAAAAUGUAGCCGUGGCCAACUACAUCAAUAAGUGGGUGGAGAAUAACACAAACAAUCUGGUGAAAGAUUUGGUAUCCCCAAGGGAUUUUGACGCUGCCACUUAUCUGGCCCUCAUUAAUGCUGUCUAUUUCAAGGGGAACUGGAAGUCACAGUUUAGGCCUGAAAAUACUAGAACCUUUUCUUUUACUAAAGAUGAUGAAAGUGAAGUCCAAAUUCCGAUGAUGUAUCAACAAGGAGAAUUUUAUUAUGGGGAAUUUAGUGAUGGCUCCAAUGAAGCUGGUGGUAUCUACCAAGUCCUAGAAAUACCAUACGAGGGAGAUGAAAUAAGCAUGAUGCUGGUGCUGUCCAGACAGGAAGUUCCUCUUGCUACACUGGAGCCAUUAGUCAAAGCACAGCUGAUUGAAGAAUGGGCAAACUCUGUGAAGAAGCAAAAAGUAGAAGUAUACCUGCCCAGGUUCACAGUGGAACAGGAAAUUGAUUUAAAAGAUGUUUUGAAGGCUCUUGGAAUAACUGAAAUUUUCAUCAAAGAUGCAAAUUUGACAGGCCUCUCUGAUAACAAGGAGAUUUUUCUUUCCAAAGCAAUUCACAAGUCCUUCCUAGAGGUUAAUGAAGAAGGCUCAGAAGCUGCUGCUGUCUCAGGAAUGAUUGCAAUUAGUAGGAUGGCUGUGCUGUAUCCUCAAGUUAUUGUCGACCAUCCAUUUUUCUUUCUUAUCAGAAACAGGAGAACUGGUACAAUUCUAUUCAUGGGACGAGUCAUGCAUCCUGAAACAAUGAACACAAGUGGACAUGAUUUUGAAGAACUUUAAGUUACUUUAUUUGAAUAACAAGGAAAACAGUAACUAAGCACAUUGUGUUUGCAACUGGUAUAUAUUUAGGAUUUGUGUUUUACAGUAUAUCUUAAGAUAAUAUUUAAAAUAGUUCCAGAUAAAAACAAUAUAUGUAAAUUAUAGGUAACUUGUCAAGGAAUGUGAUCAGUAUUAAGCUAACGGUCCUGUUGUGUCAUUGUGUUUGUGUGCUGUUGUUUAAAAUAAAAGUACCUAUUGAACAUGUGA